AUGGCGACCGCCAGGCUGGAGAAGAAACAACUAGGGGAGACAACUCCAGGGGCCUUGUGGUGUCCUGAGUGUAAAGUGGCCCUCUGUGACAAAUGUGUGAAGAUACACCGGGUGACACCCAAUUCAUUGAACCAUGACCUGUGUGACCUGUCGUCUAGGUCAAAGGUCAAAUGGAGGAUCACGUACACGGAACACAAGAGUAACCGUGUUGAGUUCCAAUGUCAAGACUGUGGGAAGGCUGCCUGUCAGACAUGUUGUAUCAUCUACCACAGAGCUUGUAAAACUGUCGUCACCAUUGAGUCUAUGAAGCUAGGGAUGAAGGCAGCACUGAUGGAGAAGAGACUUGGCAUGGAGAAAAGACUGAAAGUGAGGUCGAAGAAAGUAGACAUAAAACACGAGAAACUCCAAAGUAGUUCUAGAAUCACAGAGUCAGCUGUUCAAACUAUCAGGGUGAUAUGCCAGACAGCCAUUAACAAGAUUAAACAGACAGAAACGCAACUGUUGGAUGAACUGAAAAACAUAUCACAGACAUACGCCGACCAACUCCAAGCUGAUGUGAAGCUGGAAGAGAUCGAGAUGCAGAUGUACAGACAACAUUGUGAGUUUAUUGACCAGGCCUUGGUAUCGGACUGUGAGAUGGACCUGUAUGACGCGUAUCAGGCCUGGGAGUCUGGAGCUGUAGAGAUGGAGGAUGUCAGGGAUACAGAGGCAGCAGCCACCCGGAGAAUAGAUCACAUCGGGUUUACACCAGACACUGUAAACGUCCUGAAGGUCCUCGAUAGCCUGCAGUUUGGGGUAAUCGACGUCACAUACCGGGACAGAUGUCUGUCAACUCCUGUGCUGGUUGACACGAGAGAAGGGAGGGUGGUGGGUGAUGAGAAGCCUAAUCUAUGGGAUAUGAUAGUCCUGGUUGUAGAUGGUGUACAGACAUGUGUUGUUACGGACUAUGAUAACAAGUGUGUGAAAUCUUUCUUCUCAAGAAAUAAUAAUUCAUGCCAUAGUAAACUUCCCUGGCAAACCCCUCACGUGGGAUAA